AUGUGCUCUUUGAAUAAGGUCCAAGACUAUGUACCCCGAAGUGCGUAUCUCAUCAGUGACAAAGAGCUGCCGCCACUUAAGCACAACGCCCCGUACAAGCCGGGUAUAAAAGGCCGGGUGGCUGUUAUUCCGAAAGACACGCUCGACGCGGCUUAUGCACUCGAAGAGGCGAGGGAACUUCUGGGGAGCACAGACGAAACGAUGAUUUGUAUCUUCAAUAUGAUCAAUGCCGCCACGCCUGAUUGUGGUUGUUUAAGCGGGCACAGCGCGCAAGAGGAGCACUUGUGUUGUCGAUCCACCCUGCCUCAAGCCCUCCCCUCUCGGUUUCAUCGCAUGGGGGAGUUAGAGUGUGUAUACUCCCCUUCGGUGAUCGGUCUUCAUGAGAACGACAAGAAAGGAGACUUUUUGAUACCGAGUCAGGAAUCUCCCCAUAAAAUACUGAAGUAUAGUGUCAUUAGUAUGAUGGCCCAGCACAAACGACUCAACGUCCAAAGCGAGAACAACUGGCGCUCAAAGGAUCAGAACUUGAUGGUACAGAAGAUGCGUCUGAUUCUUCGAACUGCUGCCUCAAAUCGUCACCGGCGACUCAUUCUUGGGGUACUUGGCUGUGGGAUAUUUGGUCACCCCAACGCGGCAGCCUGUUGGGAAGAAUUUCUCUCCGACAAGGAAUUUGAGGGAUGGUUCGAGAUAGUCGUGUUCGCCAUUAGUGACCGCGGGAAUGAUUCGGACUAUAACACUUUCCGUGAUGCCCUACACGGACUACCGAUUUGA